AUGGCUACUAGUAACUUAUGCAAACACCUUGAUACCCACUAUCCGAGCUCAGAUUCAGAUAAGCAAACUGGCCAACAAAGUCUUACUUUUAUACCUAAAAUCACAAUUUCAAAACAAAUUUUAAUAUCAGCCCAAAAAACUAAACUUAAUUCACUAAUUGCUGAGUGGAUUGUGUCUGAUACUUUACUUUUUUCUAUUGUCUCAGGUAAAUCUUUUGCUACUUUGCUUCGAUAUCUCAACAAUAGUAUCGAUUUAUCUUCAUGUGAAACUAUGAAGUCUACUAUCCAAAAUGCAUUUAUUGUAAUGCAAAAAGACGUUCAAACUCUUCUUCAAAAACAUAAUCUUGUUAAAGCUAUUAAUUCUUCUUCAUCUAUAACUCAAGAUUUUAGAGAACUUGGAAAAUCAGUUGGUGAAAGUGAAUCAAUUUCAUUUGUAGCUGCUAUUCUUGAUCCUCGUUUUAAGCUUGAGCUAAUACUUGCUGAUAUAAACACUGAAGUAAAUCAUGCAACUUUUAAUAAUAUUUUUAGAUCUGAGUAUUUUGCACUUACUUUAAAUAAUUCUUCUUCUACUAAUUUAGAAACAUUAUCAAAUUUAUCAUAUACAGAGCAA